AUGUCGCAGUCAGCGACGUGCCAACUGAACGACAAAUCACUUCUGUGGGCCCAGGUGCCAUGUAAGCCUUCAAAGAGGUAUUUUUCACGAGCAGACAAGAUGGUGUUGAAGAGGUUGGGGACGUGUGGUGCAAAGUUGAAGGAAGGCCGUCGUGCUGCGCUGGGUACCCCGUCAACGAUGUCGAGCCAUCCGCUUGCAUAUCACUCCUCUGUCUAUAUGACCCCAUCCGCUCGCGUAUCACUCCCCCUGGCCAAAACGUUUAGCUUGGGGCGUCGUGUUCACCCUCUGUCUCAAAUUCGGCGCCGUUCGCUCGCUUAUCACUCCCUCUUUCCAACACGUUACUCUGUCAAUGACGUCGAGCCAUCUGCUCACGUAUCAUUCCCCCACAUUACCCUGUCAACGACAUUCAUACCCCGUCAACAACGUCGACCUAUCCUCUCACGUAUCAGUCCCCCUUUCCAAAACGUUCAGCUCGAUACCCUAUCAACGACUUUGACACUCCCCCUUUCCAAGAUGUUUAACUCCGGUGCGAUCCACCAUCUCUUCUACUUGAAAUCUGCUAUGGACUCUGACACAUCCAGUUCGGCUCACGUGGUAAACUGUCCUUCAGAAUGCCGUGCUGUCUCACCUGUGUUCUCAGCCUUUCCUUGGGCCACACCACAUGUUGUACAAGUGCCAAAGCCUUUGGCUGACUUCACUGAAAUAAUGUCACCUCACAAGCACUUCAUCAAUUCGCUAAAUCGAUUUGAGCGCUCGCUCUUUGCCUUUGAUAAACUUGCGGUCGAUUCUAACGAAUUGGCACCGCUUCUAGGCUUAGAUGUCCUGAAAGCAUCCAAUGCGGUCACCCUACAUCCAACGGUGAUGACUGCAUCAUCAAAGGGGGAGUACAAAACCCUUGCUUCCAUUGUUUCUGCAUAUCGAAUGUUUGAGGUCUUGGCUCUUGACUGCGAAAUUGGUGUUUCACAACCUCCCAUUCGCCUGCUUCCCCCCUUGUCUUUCAACAAGUCUGAGCAGGAUAGUGAAAAGAUUGUUGGUUUUGACAAACUAGAAAAUUGGCCCAAAGUUCUGCUUAACUUCCGGAAACUUAUAGGUCAGUCAGGACUACCUCAAAUUCCUGACGACCUCCAUGCAGGAAGCAAACACCUUGCUCUCCUACGGAUGGCAAGCAAGAACAAAGAGAAAGUAGCAUAUGUGAAUGUGGUCGACAACUUUCUUCAAGCUGCUCUGCAUCUUUACUACCUCAAGAUGACCCAAUUCCGAGAUGGGUCUCUGCCUGACUAUCCUGAUAUUUUAAAUGACCGUCUCCACAUCUUCAAAGAUGAGACCUCUACAGAUGAAUUCAUCAAUGAUCAAGAGGAGGGGACUUACUACUUGCAAGAUUUACGUGAUGGAGAGACAGCUUCGCACAGCCUCCACCAACUUGGGACACCUCUGCAAUUAGCACUGCUCCUGACUCCUUUCUAUUUGCUCUUUCCAUUCAGGAUAAUCACCAGGUCCUAUAAUCGUCGUCUUGUUCUCGAAUCUUUUGCUGAGUUAACUCCUCGGAAGACACCCCUUGUGCUUAAAAUUGAGAGUUCCAUCUGGCGUUCUCUUAUAGCGCUUGCUGAUGUGACCAUCACGCCUCAUGAAGCUUUAACACAACUGGUAUCAAGAUUGCCGUGGGCUGAGAUAGAGGCAGCAUCCAACAACCCCCAUGAUUGUCGCAUGUUUUGCACCCCUUUAGCCCAGCCCUCUUCUUCUUCAACACCAUUACAGCCUGGUUUGGCUGUUGGGAGGCAAUUAGCAAUAGAAGGUGCCUCAAACGCCCUUACUCCGGAUAUACAAGUUGGUGGGUCCAUGCCAGAAGCCCCAGUUAUCCCCAACACUCAAGUUUCAACAUCAAUGGGGAACAAUGCAUCUCUUGUCAAUGAAGAGCAUCCUGAAGCUCGCUCUACAACUUCUCCAAUGGACGAUGAUGGUGAUUCCCCAAUGCUCCCCACGCCAUUAUCCACCUCUGACCGUCCUGAAUCACCCCCUCCCCCAAUGGAUGAAGAUGGUUCCCCAACUCCCCCCAUACCAUUAGCCACCUCCGACCGUCCUAAAUCACCCUCUACCCAUGAUGGUGGUUCCCCUAUGCCAGAAAGUCUAGAAACUUCAUUGGCCUCGGUUCUCAACUCGGUUUUUCAAUCCCGUCCCAUAUUAUCCCCUCACCUUGGGACUGUUAAUCCCUCUCAUAUCUCCCUCCCGCUCAAUUUGUUGGGAAAAAAUCUUUCGGGCCAAGAAGAUAUUGAGAUGGGUGCCCUUAGUGAAUUAUCAUCAUCAUCUGAAGACGAAGAAUCUGAGCAUUCGCCAGCUGGGCCUGUGAAAAAAACAAAUCCUGAGGUGCAACCGUCUGACAAUGACGAUACAGACGAUGAAGAAUCUUCGUCCUCAUCGUCAGAUGAGUCUACAGACAGUGAUGUCAAGAAGCCCAUUACCCCAGGCAACAGGGGUGGAAGGGGUGAUCCUGGAAAUUUGAAGAAACCUAGGGUUGGCUCAUCAACGGUAGACGCUAAGGGACCCAAAGCAGAGGGUUCCCAAGCGACUGGUGGCGAGAAUAAUCCUAGGAAACGCUCUCGAUUCGGUUCUAUUGGGAAUUCUCCAGAUAAGCCGAUCAACGUUGAUGAGUUUCUCUCAAUGUUUGAACCUGCAAUACUGCACGAUUAUGGCAAGGAUGAAGAGAUUUCUUUUAGUAAAGAAGAAGCUCCUCGCAUUGUCUGUGACCGGUCAUUCACAGUUUAUGAUAUUGAUGGCAAUCCUCAUGAAUUCACGCCAGAAUUCCACCAUGGUGUCUUCAAUGACCGGUUCCAAGAGUUUAUGGAACUUGUUUAUGAUGGUUACAUUGAGGGUCGUCCUCCUCACAUCGUGGAUCCACAAAACUCUUGUCUGGCAAAAUUGCAUCAUCAAGACUUUUCCACCAUGUCUGCCUCAGACAUCCAGAACAAAAUGCGCCAUAAACAGGUCGUUGUCACUGGGCUCCCCUUCGAUGAAAAGAUGCAGUUCGAUGCCAAAGGCCUUCGCACCGUUGUUGGUUCCAUGACUGCACAGAUAUCCAUUACCGACUUCUCAGUCAUCAACCCAGGGACCGACUGCGUUCCCUCUGUUGUCAGUGGCCAUGUUAACGACCUUCUUGAGAAUGCCUCGAGCACAGGCAAGAUUUUGAACGGACUUGACCUCCCCAUGUGGUCUUCCUAUCGUCCUUCAAACAAUUAUGAAACAGAUGCUGUUGCAUGGAAUUUUACCCGUGGGACCCACAGAAUUCCGCUUCAUGGACCCUUCCCAACCCAGGACCAUGAAUGGGGUAUUGCUGGUCUUAAGCACGUUCUCACUUUUCUCCACAUUGACUGUGAUGGUUUCAACACAAGAUAUGGCACUAAAGUUGGACGAAAACUGUGGGCCUUUUUAAGGCCGCGAGAUUCGAAAAAACUCUCUUCAAUUGACUUCUACAUGGAUGAAGAUGGUUUUUCUCUCUCUGGGAAGCCAAAGGAUAUCAAGUAUGACUUUGAGGCUGUUGUUCUUCGGCCUGGUGAUGAACUUCAUAUGCUGCCCAAUUCUGCACAUUGGGUAUAUGGCAUAGAUGAUGUGAUUGCACAGGGCGGCCAUUACUAUUCCUCUUAUCUUAUGCAGGAGACUCUGCAAGGCAUUGUACAUGCCUUUGUUCUCAACAAGUUCUUGACGAACACGGAGCAUAUUCCCUCUCGUCACCUAUUGCGGAGGAUCCUGAUCUUCUACCAAGUUGGCCUCAUUGAGGGUGCCAUCUCUGAAGACGAUCCUGCAUUGGUUCAUCUACCUAACGUCGAGACAAUGGAGGGCGUGCUUAACAUCAUCUGUCUUGCAGUCCUGAUUAUACUUGGCAACGUCCUGGAUUUUAGGACUUACAGCACUCCAAAUCAAGGGGAAGAUGAUGAAGCCUCUCCUACCCAAAGAACAUUGAUGGACACCGGUGACAUCAAUGCCAUUCCCAACAAUGAACGAAUCGCGUAUUGCUAUGCUCGUGGUGUUGCUUUACACAUCCUCAAAUGGCUCCGUUCAUGCGCCACUUUCACUGGCCCACCAGAUGGUCUUGCCGAUGAUCUGAUAUCUCUUUUUUUUGUGCAGAUUUUGGCCAGUCUAUCAGACUACAAAAGCCUUGCUGAAGCAAAGACUUAUGGCGGAGUUCCCCAUUGCACCUCCCAUUUGCUCAGCAAACAGAUCGCCAAUGUUCUUGAGGUAGAUCCGAUUCUGAAGGCUGCUUGGGUGCAUAAAGAACGUGUUCCUUCGCACUCUCUCGGCCUCAAGGAGGAGGAGAAGUAUAACGUUGAAUGGCGGCGUGAUUGGGAACGCACAUCAUGGAGAGCCCCAUCUGUUGAUUUUACUCUUGCAGGGCAGACGCCUUUUGAUAUCAAGUACUUUGAGGCCACUAAGCUGCGGAUUAACUCUGAGAACGCCAACAUGAUUGUUGAUGUUGUCAAACCUCCACGCAAGAAAGCAAAACUCUUGUUAUAUGCCAUGUGCACCUUGUACAAUAUUCUCACCAUCAUCUUGCAAUCAAUAUCGCUCAUUGCUAUUCUUCUUUUCAAAAUUUGUGAACCUAAAUACUUUGCAUCCAAGCUUGUCAUUGUUUGGCAGCAUAGUAGCAGUCGAACUUCCUUUGCAAACUAUGUGUGCGGUAUGAUGCCCUCUAUUACACAGAUUUCCAUCCAAACAGAUAGUGUAAUACUUUCGCAUUGUGAAAUUAAUGUGGAGGACUUGGCAAGAUGGUUUUCUCUCUCUGGGAAGCCAAAGGAUAUCAAGUAUGACUUUGAGGCUGUUGUUCUUCGGCCUGGUGAUGAACUUCAUAUGCUGCCCAAUUCUGCACAUUGGGUAUAUGGCAUAGAUGAUGUGAUUGCACAGGGCGGCCAUUACUAUUCCUCUUAUCUUAUGCAGGAGACUCUGCAAGGCAUUGUACAUGCCUUUGUUCUCAACAAGUUCUUGACGAACACGGAGCAUAUUCCCUCUCGUCACCUAUUGCGGAGGAUCCUGAUCUUCUACCAAGUUGGCCUCAUUGAGGGUGCCAUCUCUGAAGACGAUCCUGCAUUGGUUCAUCUACCUAACGUCGAGACAAUGGAGGGCGUGCUUAACAUCAUCUGUCUUGCAGUCCUGAUUAUACUUGGCAACGUCCUGGAUUUUAGGACUUACAGCACUCCAAAUCAAGGGGAAGAUGAUGAAGCCUCUCCUACCCAAAGAACAUUGAUGGACACCGGUGACAUCAAUGCCAUUCCCAACAAUGAACGAAUCGCGUAUUGCUAUGCUCGUGGUGUUGCUUUACACAUCCUCAAAUGGCUCCGUUCAUGCGCCACUUUCACUGGCCCACCAGAUGGUCUUGCCGAUGAUCUGAUAUCUCUUUUUUUUGUGCAGAUUUUGGCCAGUCUAUCAGACUACAAAAGCCUUGCUGAAGCAAAGACUUAUGGCGGAGUUCCCCAUUGCACCUCCCAUUUGCUCAGCAAACAGAUCGCCAAUGUUCUUGAGGUAGAUCCGAUUCUGAAGGCUGCUUGGGUGCAUAAAGAACGUGUUCCUUCGCACUCUCUCGGCCUCAAGGAGGAGGAGAAGUAUAACGUUGAAUGGCGGCGUGAUUGGGAACGCACAUCAUGGAGAGCCCCAUCUGUUGAUUUUACUCUUGCAGGGCAGACGCCUUUUGAUAUCAAGUACUUUGAGGCCACUAAGCUGCGGAUUAACUCUGAGAACGCCAACAUGAUUGUUGAUGUUGUCAAACCUCCACGCAAGAAAGCAAAACUCUUGUUAUAUGCCAUGUGCACCUUGUACAAUAUUCUCACCAUCAUCUUGCAAUCAAUAUCGCUCAUUGCUAUUCUUCUUUUCAAAAUUUGUGAACCUAAAUACUUUGCAUCCAAGCUUGUCAUUGUUUGGCAGCAUAGUAGCAGUCGAACUUCCUUUGCAAACUAUGUGUGCGGUAUGAUGCCCUCUAUUACACAGAUUUCCAUCCAAACAGAUAGUGUAAUACUUUCGCAUUGUGAAAUUAAUGUGGAGGACUUGGCAAGAAGCGACUACACAGAAACAGACGAUGAUGGGUCUAGAGCAUCUGAAAGUGGCUCAGAUAAUGAGCAAGAGUUAUAA